GGCAUAGGUUAGGAGUUUUGAGGCUUAGCUGGGUGCUGGUGUGGAGCAGACGCCGCUGGAGACCAACUGACACCUCAAACACACAAGGAGACACGAUUAAAGCAGAAGACCAGAGCGCGAGGGCCUGCAGCCGGAGGGGAUGGAACAUGCUGCGUCCAACUGGUGGUUCUGAGCCAGGUCGGAACUUCAACAGAUUCACCGGAAACAGUUCAAGAUGGAUGAGAAACAUUGUUGUGUGACGCUGUCAGUCCAGCCCUCCAGAGGACUUGUGGAUGAGAAAUUUGUUAUACUGGUCCAGAACAGCUUCCCCAGUUCCCUUUUGACCAUCUACGCUCACCAUCAGUGUGAAGACGGCUACAGCUGGCACGCAUUCGCCCACUACACUUCUGAUGCCACUGGUGCUGUGAAUGUUUCAGAGGAUUGCAGUAUAGGUGGGACUUAUUCAGGUGUUGAAGCUAUGGGUCUAUUAUGGAGCCUCAAGCCAGUUCCAGGCAGCAAACCAGGACUCAGGAUGAGGAAGAAGAAUGUCCAGGCCCCCAUGGUGGUCACCAUAUCUGUCUACAGCGGCCACCUGACAGAGUGCUUUGGGGAUCAGGUCCCGCUGGCCAGUGUAGAAGUGGAGCGGUGGUACAUGGCUCCUGGUGUCCAGAGGAUACCAGUCACAGAGGAUGGACUCACUGCAACCCUCUUUCUGCCUUCAGGACCUGGACCUUUUCCUGGUCUUCUGGACCUGUGGGGCGGUGGAGGUCAGUUGGUGGAAUACCGUGCCGCUUUGCUGGCCUCACAUGGCAUUGCCUCAAUGGCACUUGACUACCUGACAUGUAAAUACACCAUGGAAACAGGAAAGAUUGUGGAGCAGGACUACUUUGAGAUGGCUUACAAAUUUCUCCAGAAGCACCCUAAGGUCCUUGGCAGUAGAAUCGCCAUGUUGGGUCUCUCCCUGGGCACCAGUGUCACCCUGAAAAUGGCUGUGCAUUCUCAAAUUAUGAAGCUCAGGUGUGCCGUGUGUGUCAGUGGGAGUCAUGUGCAGCCAAUGGAUGGAUUCUUGAAGGAGAUGCUGGAUUACUUCAGCAAAAACAGUGGGAAUACUCGCUUUACCAAAGAUAAUGAGGUGGUCUGGCGAGAUCUCCUGCUGCCCAUCCCCAUUGACCUCUCCCUCAAAGUGGAUGUCGGAAAACUCCAGUGUCCACUGAUGUUGAUUGUUGGUGAGGAUGAUCAGAACUGGUGCGCCUAUGAGUCUGCAAUGGAUAUGAAGGGGAUGAUGGAACGAGCAGGGAACAACCAUCUGCUGACUCUCUUGUCGUACCCAAAUGCAGGUCACUUGAUCGAACCACCAUACAUGCCUCAUGCCAGAGUGAGUCUCUUCAGAUAUAUGCAGUCACAUCAGAAGAUGAUGGCUCUGUGGGGAGGACAGACCCUGGAACAUUCUCGGGCUCAGGAGGACGCCUGGAGGAAACUGUUGGUCUUUCUGAAGAAGAAUCUGUAUAGUGGAGUGAAGAGUGGAUCUUUGUCACUUUCCAACCUUUAACUAACAACCAGCGGUUGUUGAAUUGUACAGUUGAACCACAUAAUUUCUUCUCUGGCAGACAAUGGAGAUUGCUUUAGGAGCUAAAUGGAUGCUCAAGUGAAAAAGCUUUUGAUUGUUGAUUAUGAAUGUACGGUUUUAUACAACUUGGAUACAUUAGUCAAAAAAAAUUGUUACAUAAAACAUACUGUAAAAUAAGGGUUUCAAUAAAAAAUAAGGAACAAA